GUAAAUUUGAUUAGAUAAAUUUAAUCCGUUAAAAUUGUGUUGUGUUCAUAAAAAGGGUCUCUCUGGAAGCUUCAUCUGGGCAAAUGCCGUACCUGACCUGUGCUUGUAAGGUCAACAGUUCAAUGGGAGUACUCUUGCACGCGCGAGUGUAGUAGCAGUCUCCGAGACCCAUUGAACAACCAAUCACAAAACGGAAUCAAAUUCCCACGGUCACCAUCACAUCACCAACGGUACGAUAGACUAAGAGACUAAAAUUAUCCUCAACGACGAAGCGAAUGCUCUAGAGAAGUUAAUGACGCGCCAAAUUUAGUGAGAGCGGUUAUUAUAUAUUUAUCGAUUGAGAAAACUGAAGUCUGGAGGGAUGCUGCUGCUUCUGUCUCUCGAAAGUUCCUACUUCCAACGGGUCACUUAGCAUUGGGUUGGUUUGAGGAAGAUGAUAGAAGUUGUGCUCAAUGACCGUCUGGGGAAGAAGGUGAGGGUAGAGUGUAAUGAGGAUGACACCAUCGGUGAUUUGACAAAACUUGUGGCUGCUCAGACGGGUACCAGACCCGACAAGAUUCGCAUUCAGAAGUGGUACCCUAUCUAUAAGGAUCACAUCACCCUAAAAGAUUACGAGAUUCAUGAUGGCAUGGGCCUGGAGCUCUACUACAACUAAUUACUGAUCCGCACUUCGCAUUACUUCCUCUCUUCUCGCCUCUCUGUUUCUUCAAGAAUCUUUGCGGUGUGAAUUUAUAUCUUGCUAUUUCUGAAUUUGUUCGUCAAAUGGAUGUGCAACGAUUUUUUUUUUUUUUGCAAUUUACGUUGUAGUCCCCAACUGAGGGAAAAGAACGCUUGUAUGGAGAGAUCUAGAAAAAUAAUGACGGGUUCAGCAACCCAUUAUUAUUAUUAAUUAGUAUUAAUAAAUGAUUUGGCUUUGGACGACGCCUUUCCAUUCAUU